GGUCACCACAUACAACGUUCUGUCGCACACUCUACUCACUUAUAAAACUACCCUCUCGCCACGUAAAACUCUUCUGUUUCAAUGUCAUGCUUCUGCCUUCGAGACCCCAAAUUGACACAAAGCCGAACACUACAACAUCAUCAUGUUUUUUAUUUUACUUGCCUCUCUGUCCGUUUGGAGCGUGCUACUGCCUGUGACAGGACAAGUCUUGAACACAAGCAGUCCGGCGACAACCGAAUCCACGAUCUUCGCUUCUAAGAGCAUGCCGCUUAGUGAACACACUUGGCCUGUUUCUCCGACAUGCCUGAGGAAGAAAACAAUGUCACCCUACGAGCUGGGCCACGCGAAUAGUUACUCACCGAGUGUGGUUACCAAACCCUCUCGUAUUGUUGCUCAGCCCUCGGCCAGCUCGAUCAAUCAUUCUCAAGAUGGAGGUAUAAGCAUCCCCACUACGGCCAGCGCCUCCUACCAGUGCCCCACCGACCAGGACCAGGCUGCAGUAUUCGAUAGCGAUCUAUUCGUCGCAAUUUUGUUCGGGACUCUCAGCUUUGUGACUGCGAUGGUUAAUAUUUGGCUUCAAUAUGAGGCUCUGCAGAGGCGAGACCUGAACGCUAGUGAGUCUUUCGGACGGCAAAUAUGAUUUCUAAGCUGAUGUUUCCAGGGCAAGGAGGGGGAGCUUGAGUGAUGCCUUCUCUAUGGCUCAAAAGACUUCCGAGGGUAUAUGUUGACGAUGGAGAGAGUUGCUUUGAAAGCGACGGCGGCUGGGCGAGGCGUUCGGUAUUUAGCCCUCGGGUUUUCUGCGCAAGCACUGAAGGAUUGGCAUGUUAGUUAGGUACCAUGAAAGAAAAUAGACAACAGAAACAGAUUCUUCUGUAGAAGUACAGCGACCUAGUACUUCGUCACAUGGACAGACAUGAGCAUGUCACGAGCGAUGUGACCUGUGCCCUGCCACAGCACUCGCCAUAGGUUGAAAGCGAAGCGACUCAUGAUGGCGGUGGUAGUAAGUU